UGAUAUUUUAUCUUGAAGUGUAUCUAUAUUAUGAGCUUUAGCAUUCAUCAGUCGCAGAUGAGGGCACAUUCUGGGUAGGGGUUUAUAGUUAGUGGUUUUCCAGCCAAGUGGUGCCCUAAAAGACCCCCCUUUCUCUGCCAGGGUCCGGAGCCGCUGUAAUCCCACCGCCACCCCAUUCCACAGUAAGCACUCCACCAGAGGACAAUGGAAUGUAUGGUCCUACAAGUUUACCCAUGAUGCCCAGCGCUCCCCUGUCUGGAGGGAAGAAAGACCCACCUCCCCCGCCACCCCCGAGGCCUGCCCGUACUCACACUCGCUCGUCAUCCCUCGACCUUAAUAAAUUUAAUCGCAGCAGUUUCUUGGGAGCACCCCCAGCUGUUCCUCCUCGAGCCUCGCCUGGAGCCAGCUCUCCCAAGAAGUUGAUAUACCAGAAAAGUGAUGGUGAUAUGGCAGGAACAGAGACUAGUCAGGGCGAUGAUCCAGCUUUCCCCCUUGAUACCCGACCCACGGUGGAGCACACUAGGGCAUCUGCUUUUGAAGUGUACCGCAAGCCUCACCAAGAAAUUGGAUCAGCUUUUGAGCGUGUGUCGGGACCAAGGGGUGAAGAGGAGGAAAGAACACGGCAUAUGUCAACAGGAGCCAGACCAAAGGAUAAAAGAGAGCUACAAGCUUCAAUUAGAACAACAACUGAAAAGAAUACUAUACUCACCAGAUUAAAUUCUGAGCUUAAUCAAGAAUUAGCUGAGGUGAUGGAAGAAAGAAUUGCACUUGAAAUGCAGCUGGAACAGAUGAAACCUUUCUCUAGUUAGUUGAGACAUGAGUUAAUGUGUACAGGGAGUUGAUCCAUCGGGGAUCUUUUUCUACAUAGUCAGAGGCCUUGCUGAAGGGCAUUUUUCUCUCUCUGAUUCUGUUUUUUCUGCUUUGGAAAAAGUGUUCAUUUAUGUUAUUAUCAAACCUGUUCCUUUUUUGUUUCUUCUGUUGAGAUGUUUUGUUCAAGAUUUUUUUUCUUCUUUUCAUUUUUUUUCCUUAGUAGAUCUUUCUUUGAUCUGCAUUCCUUAUAAAUAUAUAUAUUUUUCUUUCUCAGUAUACCCUUUCUCUUUAUAUUUAUUACAGAUUUAGUGGAUAUUUCUAUAUAUAUUUUAAGAAAUUUUAAGUUCAUUAAUGUUAGAUGCAGUAAUUAAUACUCAACUGCAGCUGUAGGAUGGUAUGAAAAAAAGCUUUGGUUGCACUUUGUUUCCGAUCUGGUUGAAUUGAGACUUUUCUUUUGAGGCUUCUUUGUAUAUUUGUGUGGAUAAGUUGCUCUUGUUUGUAUAUUAUGCAUAAUUCUAAUAUUUUUUUUUUAUUUAUAAAUAUUUUUUGUGGUGUGUUUCUGUCUAUGAAGAAAAGAAAAACAAACUGUGAGGCUUUUCUGUUAGAAACAAGAACUAAGACAUUUGUGAGUCUGUUAUCUGUUGGAUAUGUAUUUUUUUUUUUUUUUUUUUUUUUUCUCCUUCAUAAAGAAGAGUAGAUAUUGCCAAGAAAGUCACCUUUGACAGUACUGACGUGUGUUCGUUAUUUUAUGCAGAUGAAUUUUGGAUAACUCUUGUAAAUGAACAUAAAAGGACAUGACUUGUACAGAACUCUUGCUCUAAGUAUAGUAACUGCCCAUGUUCACUUGGUUAUUAUCUUCUACAUGGCCCAAGCAGUGAUUCUUCCUGAAGCUUUGCUUGUUGUAGAGGAAACGUGAUAUUGAAAUCAAGAAUUUCUGAGAUGUGAGAGCAAAGUUUUACAAAUAGGAUUUCAGAAGACUAGAAGAAUUUGUAAGAUCUGUCAUUCCUCUCAUGUCUUAGAAUGUUUACUGUCAUUCUAAUUAUUGUUACAUUAUACCAUUCACUUAGGCUUAGCCUUUUGAGAUGUUGACAUGCAUGUUAGACUACUGAAAAGUAACUUUUAGAGGAAGUUGUGUUUUUAUGAUUAUAACUUUUUUUUUUAUUUAUCCAAGUUUUGUGAUUGAUCUGUUAAGGUUAUUGGAUUUAAUAAGGCUGUGAUAAUCAUUUUGAAAUUAAUGAUAGCUUUCUGUAUCUAGAUGAACAACAACUAGUAUCUGUGAAACUGUGUAGUAGAUGUGAGUGAAUGCUUUGUAGAGGAAGCAUUUUUUUCCAAGAAUUUACUUGUAUCCAUUUAGCAAAGUAGAAAGAACAACAAAAACAAAAAAGGAAAAAAAGGAAUGAAAAAAAAGAUCCUUUAAAACUGAAUGGAACUCCUGGUAUAGUGUUAGUGAUACUUAUAAUAGUUAUUUUCAUUACUUUUGAAAGUCUAGCUAGAUCUCAGAUUAGUGUUAUUCACUAAGAGUGUGCUUGGACCCCCUCCCCAUUCCAGUAGGUAAUUAGGAGUGAAACCCUUGAUACCAGUACAAUGAUAAUAAAAAAAAUAAUUGAGUGUUGGAAAAUGAACAAUCCAUGUGCAUAAUUUUGUAUUUAUAUGCCAGUGCCCUGCCAUUCUCGUUGGUAGUUAUAGGUAUGUCAUUAUUAGUUGAAAAUGCUAGUGGAGUUGCUUCUAGUGUGGUUUAGUAUUCUAGAGGUAAUUUAUCUUUGCAUACAGAAUAUUUGGAGAUGCAUUUUGUGAGUGAAGAAGUGAAUGAAUAAGUUUUGAAUUUGUAUGAUUAUGUGCGGGUUUAAGCAUGUGUGUGAUAGUAAGGCAGUGAGAAGGUGGAUAGAUGGGUGGUGGAGGUGAGUGGGUGGGUGGGUAAUUAGGAUGGAUGAAUGAAUGAGUUGUAGUUUGUGAGCAAGUGAAUUAGAGAACAUACUCGUACAUGGGAUAUAGGGGUAAAGCUGAGCAGCAUCUUCAGGAGUAUUUCUGUAAGCAUAGGAGAGCCCAGGGUCUGUAUCAUGUACAGAAUUAAUUUGGCUAUCAUUCUUGUCCUGCUCCUAUUAUUAAGCCACUAUUAUGAUGCCCAUAGUCAUCAUUUGUUAAUCAUUGUUAAUAUCUUAUAUCCAUUCUUCAUCAAGCCUUGGCUUGUGAUUCAGAUUAUCUGAUAUAAAUGACAGUUUCACACUAAUCUUUUCCAAGUUUCACACAUUACGUUCUUUACUAUUUCAGUGCUUCCUCAUAUUUUAUUGUUCUUAAAAAAAACUAAUAGAAAUGAAACUUAAACCUAGAGCACAGUGAUGGAUUGGGGAAAAGUCAGACUCAAGUAUCAUGGUUAUUUGUGUCCAUGUGUAUGACAGCAAGUGUAUAUGCCUCGGAUUAGCUGUGUGAGUAGAAAUGGAUGUUUCUGUGAGUGUACGUGACUUUACAUGUUUAGUUAUAGGACUGUAGCUUUAUGCUCUGUGACUCGCAUGUCCCCCUUUCACAUGCAUUUACAUUUUUAGAGCCACUCACACACUGAUUUUAUUAUAAUUGUUUAUUUUGAACACUUUUAUUUGCAUGUUUAAUGAGAAGAGCAUUCAUUUUGGUAUUUUAGGCAACAUCCAGCUCAUUUUUGGGAUUUAUUAAUUAAUUGCUUUAUUUAUUUUUAUGAUGUGAGAAAAUUUCAGUAGCAAAGGCACUAGUAAAAUGAAAAUAAGAAAUUAAGAUGGUAUAUGAUUUCUUUUUUCUGACUUCUUUUCACAUAUAAAGAAAUUAACUAUUGUAGAGGUAGAUUUCCUAAUGCUUUGAGAGAGAAAAGGUCACACAUUAUAUUGUUAAAAGUAUUUUCAUUGUUUGCUGACUCAGUUUUUAUCAUGAACAUUGGAAUUCCAAUAUCCAGAGCCCAUUACUUGUAAAAGUAGGUUUCUAUGGGGGAAACAUUAUAGAAAAGAAUUUUCCAGUAUAAAUCUAUGCAUAAACAGGGAUACCUUUCAAGAUGAUGUCUAAUUGUAUUUAGGAAAUAAAAUAAGAAAUUAAGAAGAAAAUUGUUUUCAAAAAUUAUCGUUAUGCAAAUUUAUGUAAAAAGUUUUGUUAUCUGAAUUUCUAACUUUUGAGCACUAGAUUUCUUUUUUAUUGUGUUGAUUUGGUAAGAAAAACAAUCUAGGAGGAGGGUUAUUCUGCAAGGACAGUAAACAUUUAACAGAACAUAUUUAAAAUAAAUUAAACAUCAUGAUAUCAUUUGGAUACAAGAACAAUUAAAGGAGAAAGGCAAGAUAGAGGAGGGCUGAGAAGAGGGACAAAUAUUAUUGCUAUGCCAUAUCCUCAUAUCCCUGUGGCCAUGGUAUGGAUAGUUGGUAGGCGUGAUUAGUUAGAGAGAUGGGGCAGUACAUGGUUUGUUGGUGUGAGACCACAUUUUCCCUUCUCAGCUGACCACUUGCAGUUUUAUUUGUACUAUUGAAGCAUGGGGCAGCUUCUUAGGACAUGACCGUUCCUCUCUAAGGCUUCAAAAUGGUUAUUUUGGAUUUAAAACUUGUGUAUGGUUAUGUAGCAGUGUUUUUUUUUUUUGAGCCUUAUCACAUUCCUUUUUCAAUAAAGAAAACAAUUACAGAUUCACGCAAACAUGCUCACAUUUGCAGUUAUGAAUAGUCCUCCUUGCGUACACAUUGAAAGACAAUACACACAUGCACAGAAAGAAAGAGUUACUUUGGGGAUUUGUGUUUUUACAAAAGCCUUUUGCAAACCCUAUUAUUAGUGUAUCUAGACAGUAAGGCAUGUGGAUUAGAUUUGGAAAAGGUUCAGCAUGGUGGGAAGAUGGGUACACUUUGAUUUUGUCUCUCCCUUUUUCUUUUCUUCUUGGUAAGAUGUGUCUGCAAAGAUGUUCUACAUAGUGUAAUAAUUUUCAUUCUCUGUUCUUCCUCAUAUUUGCAUUCCCUUUUCAUAGUACAAGUUGCUCUGAAAUACCCCAUUAAAAGUUCUUAUUCGUAAGGAUAUGUCACAUGAAGAGUGAGGGAAAGAAAUUGCAUUUAGAUACUUGAAAAUAGCAUAAACACAGGAAUUUAUUUUUUACUUUGGUUUCCACGUUCAUUGUUUAUCACAUUUUUUUUAUCACUUCAUUAGAAUUGGACACAGUCUUAAGCCUAUAUAUAUUGUUCCAGUAAAUUGGUGAUAUAAAUAAGUGUUUAUUAUAAGGGAUUGGGUAUAGUGCCUCGAGCAUCAGGUAUUGGCUGUUAUAAGUCCUGGCGUAAUGGCUGUCUGUUGUUAUUCCUUAGAGUUAGAAUAAAUAUUUUUUUAAAACAGAAUCAAGAAGGUUAGUAUUGUAUUGAGGACACUUGGUGCAUUUGGUGAAUAUCAAAGAUGAUGAUCAUGUUAUUUCUAUUAUUUGUUCUAUUCAUUUAUUUAUAUAUUUGUUUUUAUUAAUUAUUAUUUUUCUUUUAUUUUUUGUUAUUUCUU